CUCACCCGGCUCUGGUUCCUAGCUGCUCCUGCCCCCCCAGCCAACCUGGAGUCUCACCUCUCCCCCAGCUCCCGCUGACUGCAGCUGAGAGUGGAAAGGUCACCAGCCCCAAGGGCCUUUGCAUCCCGUCUGUCUCUGGAGACAUGGAGAUCUGAGCCCUCUCGACUCCUGUUCGCUGGGCCCAUCCACGGAGCAGGACGGGGUCCCUUUGCAACCAUGUGGGCUCAUCACUCCUGAUGUGGUGGGCACCAGCCUGACCCUGCCCUCGCCAGCGCUGCCCGCCUGCCCUGUGCACUCCCAGGAGGCCUGCACCUGGCCAUGUGCAGCCCCCAGGAGGGAGACCUGCUGCGGCUGGAGGAGGUCUUCUCAGCCGCCCUUGCCCAGAUCGACAGCCUGGUCCUCCAGCCCCUGCUCUCGGCCGCCCCAGAGCCCUCGGAGCCCCAGGACAGGGAGUGGCUGCAGCUCUUGCAAAGGCUGCACCAGAGCGCCCAGCAGCUUUGGGAGGUGACAGAGGAGAGCCUGCACUCGCUGCGUGAGAGGCUGCACCACCCGGAUGCCGCCGGGCUAGAGUCCCUGCUGCUGCUGCGGCGAGCGGACCACGUCCUGCAAGUCCACGUGGAGUUCGUGGAGUCCUACACCUGCUGCCUGGUGGCACAGGCCUUUCAGAAGGGGGCGAAGAGGAGCGAGUACCAGCGGGGACAGCAGAAGGUGUUGCGGCAGCUCCUGGCCAGCAUCGGCGCGCAGGGCUCGGGGGGCACGGCGCUGGCCCAGGCGCUCCGGCAGCCCCACACCCAGUACGUGCAGCAGUGCGUGCUCCUGCUGCUGAGCCUCGUGGAUGCCACCGCAGAGCGUCACGCCGCCCGGGAGCUGGUGGUACAGGCGGCCACGUGCUUCGGGAACCUACAGUCCUUCAUGAGGCAGGCGCUGGACCAGGCCACGGCCAUGCAGGCCCUCCGGCCCACCCUGAGCAGCCGCACGAGGGACGUGCUCUGCACCCCUGCUCACUGCCUCCUGCAAGACAGCCAGGACAUCCCUGUGACAGUCACCCCGCUGCGGGCCGAGCGUGUGCUGCUCUUCGAUGAUGCCCUGGUCCUGCUGCAGGGCCACAGCGUCCACACCUUCGAUCUGAAGCUGGUAUGGGUGGAGCCUGGGCAGGACAGGGACACAUUCCACCUCCUCACGCCCGAGGAAGAGCUCUCCUUUUGUGCCCAGGACCCACAAGGCCUGGUGGUCUGGCAGUGGAAGGUGACCCAGGCCGUGGGCCAGGCCCUGCGUGGGAAGAAGGACUUCCCCGUGCUGGGUGUGGGCCCGCAGCCCACGGAGCUGCCCAGCCACCGCUGCACAGCCUACACCUUCCGCGCCGAGGGCCGGCUCUGCCAGGCCACCUACGAGGGCGAGUGGUGGCACGCCAAGCCCCACGGCAGGGGAACCCUGAAGUGGCCGAGUGGGCAGAACCACGUGGGAGACUUCCGCCAGGGCCUAGAGCACGGCUUUGGCAUCCGCCUGGUGCCCCAGGCCUCCGAGGACAAGUUCGACUGUUACAAGUGCCACUGGCAGGACGGCAGCGUGUGUGGCUACGGCAUCUGUGAGUAUGGCAGCGACGAGGUGUACAAGGGCUACUUCCAGGCGGACCUGCGGCACGGGUUCGGGGUCCUGGAGAGUGGCCCGCAGGCCCCCCAGCCCUUCAGGUAUACCGGCCACUGGGAGAGGGGCCAGAGGAGCGGCUACGGCGUCCAGGAGGACCGCGACAGGGGCGAGCGCUACAUCGGCAUGUGGCGGGCCGACCAGCGCCACGGUCCGGGGGUCGUGGUCACCCAGGCGGGCAUCUGCUACCAGGGCACCUUCCAGGCGGACAAGAUAGUGGGCCCGGGCAUCCUCCUCUCGGAAGAUGACUCCCUGUACGAGGGUACCUUCACCAGGGACCUGACCCUCACGGGGAAGGGCAAGGUGACCUUCCCCAAUGGCUUCACCCUGGAGGGCUCAUUCAGCACCUGGGCCAGAGGCCUGCGCACCCAGGGCCUGCUGGACACGUCCGCCCUCCCGCCGGCUCCGGAAAACAUCUGCACGCGGCAGCUGGGUCUAGGUGCCUUCCCCGUGGAGAGCCGCUGGCAGGGCAUCUACAGCCCCUUCUGGCACUUCGUGGGCGCCGGCUGUCCUGAGGGCCUGCAGGAGGCCCUGCUGGGCUUCGAUGUACAGAGCUCGAGGGAGCUGCACCAGUCCCAGGAGAGCCUGCGCUGCAAGAGGACCCCCCUGAAAAACAGUGCGGGCAGCAUGGAGGACAUCCUGGAGGAGGUGCUGCAGCACCGGGAGCCCGAGGCCCUGCGGCAGUACCUCAGGAAGGCGCUAGGUCACUCAUUGCACCCCCUGGGGAAGCUGCUGCGGCGGCUGAUGCUCGCCUUCCAGGCCACAUACGCGGGCAUGGGGGCCAACAAGCACCUGCAGGCGCUGGCGCAGGAGGAGGUGAGGCAGCACGCCCAGGAGCUCGAGGCCGCCUACAGGGGUCUGCUGCGGGUUGCCUUACAGCGCCGGGGCCAGGCCCCGGAGGAGGAGGAAGACACAGAAACCAGGGACCCGCAGGUGCAGGGGCUGGUGCUGGCCCUUGUGCUGCCCAGCUUCUAUUCGGAGCUCUUCACUCUCUAUCUGCUUCUGCAUGAGCGGGAGGACGGGCUGUACAGCCAGGGCAUCGCCAACCUGAGCCUCUUCCCCGACACCAAGCUGCUGGAGUUCCUGGACGUGCAGAAGCACAUGUGGCCCCUGAAGGACCUCACGCUGACGACCAACCAGCGAUGCUCCCUGGUGAAGGACAAGUGCUUCCGGUCGGCCACGGAGUGCCUGCAGAAGAUCAUGACCACAGUGGACCCUUGGGAGAAGCUGCAGGUGCUGGAGAGGACGUAUGGAGAAAUCGAGGCCACCGUGUCAUGUGUGCUGGGCCGGGAGCACAAGCUGCCCAUGGACGACCUGCUGCCACUGCUGGUCUACGUGGUAUCGCGGGCCCGGUGCGUCCCCCCAGCCCACCACCCCAGAAUCCAGCACCUGGGAGCCGAGAUCCACCUGAUCCGGGACAUGAUGGACCCCUCGCACACGGGAGGCCUGUACGACUUCCUGCUCACAGCCCUGGAGUCCUGCUACAAGUACAUCCAGAAGCAAGACAUGAAGCUGCACUGCCUGCCUGGCCGCCGGGACUUCGGGGAGCUCUGUUACAGCCUCCAGUCGUCUGACGGCCAAGAGAACUUCCCAGGCUCCCAAGGGACCUGAACGCACCGGCCCUGCAGGGCCAGGACUCGGGACUGAGAAGGGCGCAGUGACAGGGUGAAGGAGCCCCAGGCCCCUGGUGGAGAGUGAUUCCAGGUGUGUCCCUGAAGGUGUUUCCAGAGGACAUUAACACACGUCUGAGUAGCCCAGCUGGGAAGGUCCCCCUCCUCCCCACCCGUGGGUGGAGGCGUGGCCUGGAGAGAGCCAGUGAGAAGGCAGGUGGGUCUCUAGGAGCGGGGAGAGGCUCCGUCCCUGCCGCUAUGGCGCCAUAACUGGAG